UCUUCAAUGGAAGGGACUGUCUGCAAAUUUGUUCCCUACAAUAUUUCACCUCUAUGCUGGCAAGCUCUGCCUUUCAAAAGUGCCAAACAGAAUGGAUGCCAUUAAUGAUCCCUAUGUCGACCAUGCCGUUGCAGCAAUGAUGAAUGUGUCGGAUGUCCAACUUGGUGAAACAAUCCGUGAGAGACUGAAGAUCCAACGUGAUACUGGGCGAUUUUGUGAUGUCGUUUUCCACGUUCAUAGCAUCGAAUUUCUUGCGCAUCGCUGCAUCCUCGCAGCCUGCAGCCCUUACUUUGAUUCGGUAUUGGAUCUCAAUCGCUAUGGCAAGGAGCACCUAACAAUCUCUGCUGACUGGAAAAUCUUCUCUGAACUGAUAGAUUUUAUUUACACUGGGAAAAUUUAUAUCCAUGAGGGAAACGUUGCCGAACUAUUGCGCUUAUCUGGUUAUUUCCUCAUGUCUGGUUUAAAAGAUUACUGCGGUGAAUUUCUCGAGCGCUCAAUGAGCGUCAAAAACUGCCUUGGAAUUAAAGCAUUGUCUGAGAAGUGUGGUCUGUUGAAUCUUGCCAUAAACUCAACAGGAUUCAUCCAAGAGCACAUCAAUGAAAUAACUGGGGAAUUGGAACUUUUCGAACUUAGCAAAGCUAAAUUAGAGGCGUUCUUGAACAAUAAGGCAUUUAAUAUUUCAAAUGAGUUAAAAUUAGUCAUGAUUUCGCGUUGGGUUCUGCAUAAGUUGUCCGAUAGAGAAGAGGAGUUUAAGAAGUUGAUAUCUUUGGUACAGUUGCCACAAGUCGAUCAUUUGAGAGUCAUCGAGCUCAUCCAGAUUGAGAAUCUUUAUCAUGCCAGUGAACAUUGUCUCUAUCACAUAUUACAUGAGCUUUACUCCUUUGGCGUGCAAUUAGGACUGUUAGAGGUCACAUAUUCAGAUCUAUGUCGCAAGGUCGUGGAACAGCCAAGGAUUGAGGGGAAUGUGUUGGAUUUGGCGGUCAAUGCUGCUCUUGGUGAUAUGACACCAGCAAUGCAGGAGUAUACCACUCGGGAUUUGAGAAUGAAAAAGGAUAUGGCCCCAGGGACAGAGGGACUAGGUGAUCACUCUUUGUCAAGAGGUGACAGCACCUGUCUGUUGCAGGCCAGCCCCACAAUCAAAGACCAGAGUGGUUUUAUUGAGGUGGUAAUGCCCGCUCAAGGUGAAGGUAGCAAUGUUGAACCAAAGAUCGUUGACCAUCUUUCGUACACCAAAGUUGAAGACAUGGAGAUUGUCAAGGAGCACGUCUUUGAAGAAACAAAUGCUGUUGGGCAAGUGCAUUUCAAACCAAGAUUUCAAGGCAAUAGGGAAGAAAACCCAAACAGUGCUACGACUAGUAAAAGCUUAGGGGCUGUGAAAACUGAAAGUUUGGCCAUGCCUGGGAAAGAUAUCCAGGUACCUGUUGUUGCCAAAAGAGAGGCAUUGGAUGAAGAUAAGAUAUUGGAGGCUCAAGCUGCUGCUGCUGCAGAAGCAGUCCCCUCUGCUAGUGAGCUGUAUGAAGGUGAAACUGAUGAAGAUUUUGCAGAUGCUGACUAUGUUGCCGAUGACAACAAUGAUAACAAUGAAGAAAGUAAAGGUAUUGAAGAAGCGAAACCCAAGGUCAAGGCUGAACCGAAAGACACUCUUCCUGAGCAGAAUCGUAGAAAACGAAAGGGACGACCAAGGAAGACUGAGAAAGUGAAGGAGCGGAUGGAAGGAGACACCACUGGGAGCGAGGGAGAUGAGGAUGAGGAGUGGAAAGUGGAAACAACCAAAUCAAGGCCAUUUUCUAAGGCAAGGAAGAGGACAGUCAGGGCAAGACAUUCAACCACGAGUACCCAAGCGGACAAAAAGAAAAAGUUGGUCAUGAAGCUAUCCGUCAAACGGAAAAAAGGUGCUAAGAAACCAGUCCCUCCUAAAAAGACCCGAAUCAAGGUGAAGGCGGAUACUUUCAAGUGUGAAGAAUGUAAUUUCACUGCUAGGAGUCUGCAUCGUGUAGAAGUCCAUUCACUUGCUGCCCACAAACAGAAUGUGGUACAGGCUUGUGGUAAGUGUGACUUCAAGACCAACUGGAACAAGGAGUACUUCCAGCAUAUGAGAGGACACUUUACUGGCCCACCCUUCAGCUGCGAUGAGGAGGGUUGCAAAUAUGUCUCGGACAAGUUCCAGCUGUUGUUGCAUCAUCGGAGACGACAUUCUGACGACCGCCCCUUUGAAUGUGAGACCUGCCAGAUGAAGUUCAGGACGAAGAAUAAUCUGACGUCCCACGUCCGCUGUCACUCAGGUGAAAAACCUUUUGAAUGUCCUGAUUGUCAGAGAUGUUUUGCCACAAAGAGCACGUUGAACCAGCACAGCGUAACCCACAGCAAUCAUAGGCCGUACCUGUGUGACACAUGUGGCUUCUCGACCAAAUAUCAGUCCCAUCUCAUCGCACACAAACGUAUCCACACGGGGGAUGUGUACCGUUGUGUUCAUGCAGGCUGCACAUACUUUACACCAAAGAGGAGUCAACUGAAUGCCCAUAUGCGCAUUCACAUGUCCAUCAGGAGUCACAUCUGUAGUCAGUGCGGUCGUGGGUUUGUCGAACGAAGCCAUCUGGUGAGACACGAGAAACUUCACAGCAAUGAAAAAGGAUUCAAAUGCAGCGAUUGCGACUAUGCAAGUUACCGCCGUGACAAGUUGAAACUACACGUUGAGAAGCAUCAUUCGCCAGGUUCCAAUUCAAACACUUACAAACCACGUAAGCAACGGACUCAAAAGGUGCCAGGCCCCCAAAGUGUGUUUCAUCACAAUAUAAUGCCAGGGAACUAUGGGUUUCAAGGCGGCCCGUAUCCUGGGAUGCCCAGUGGGCAGCAGGUUGACACUAAACCUAUUGUUGAUGAGCAGAUGUAUGCAAGUUCACAGCUCGAGCCAAUGAACGUUCGGGAACAGUUCCCAAUGUAUCACAGGGCACCAACACCACCUCCUGGCAACCAAGGAUCUCCGACUGGUUUGUCGCCAAAUUCUAGUGGUGCGCCAACAACCUUGACAAAUGUUCGUCAACCAAGGGUGGCUGGUUACAUUGUGCAGCCUAUGUCUGAACAAAACCAAGGUGUUUACACCCCACAGGGGGAUAUCGGAGGUCUAGGUGCUUUUAUGGCGUUGUUUUAGAAGCACUGGUGGAUAUGUUGAAUAUUAUCCGAAAUGUAAUCUUGCAUUUUCUAUUGGAGAUCUAAAGCAGGCUCUAUAAUUAAAAUUUGAAUGUAUCUUUUAGGUUUGUUUCACUUGUUUUAGGUGCAUGACCCAGUGGACACAUCAGAGCCACACUGCUUUAGUUGGUUGUAUUGUAAUAGUUUUUGUUAUUUUAUUGUUCAGAGUCAUGGAAAUGAAUUCAGUGCAACUAUGUAAAUUGUGUACAUCUUAGAGGAUAGAUUUUUCAUGUUAUUCUACCAGUCAGACCUAGUCAGAUUUCAAGGGUUUUGAGACGUGUAUUCUACAAGUAAUGAGAUACCGUCUGAGAACUACUUGAAGCAAGUUUUUGAAAAAGUCUUCAUUCUGGUUAUCAGUGGAGCUUUAAGACACCCUUGAGUGACAAGUUAGGAGUUGAGUUACACUGGGCUGUCCUGUGACAGUUUAUAAUGCUUGUGUUCUGGCUGGCAUGCAUGAAGUGGUGCACAAUCGGAGCUUAGUCUGCUUGUGGCUGACUUCGGAUUGUUUCAUUUGUUUAUAUGUCUGAUAAGGCUAGUAUAUUCCUAAAAUGAUAAUUAGCUUGCAUUUUAUUUAUUUCACAAUUAAGCUUCAGAUGAAGCCAACAUACAAUAAAUUUUGCAUGAACUAAAAAUCUGAUUUAAAAUAUAAUGGAUUGUAAUGAAAAUUAUUUAUGAGGCCAAAAGAAGAAGAAAUCCAACAUGUUUAAUUUGAAAUAUUGGAUUUCACGUAUAUAGCAUUUUGCAAGGAAACUCGUAACUGUGUCUUAAGUAUUGGUUAUUAUACAAGUAGCCUUUAUUUCUUCCUGCCAGUCUUAGGCAAAUUCUUCAUAGAUUUGACUGUCCCAUGUACUGCAUUUGUUGGACACUGAUUAUGAUUACAGUUUCACAAGAUUAAGUUGUUUCUUCUUUCUCAUUUCACUCAUGAAUGGUUAAUAGGGCUGUGGAUGUGAC